GUCAUCGACUUUUAACACCACAUCAACACUCGCUUUUCACUCCGAUUUCUCACCACUUUGCGAUUUCAUUUCGAACACAUCUUUUGCAUCAUUAGAGUAUAUCUUGAAUACAAACCAGAUCGAAGUCGUAUUUUUCAUUUCACCCCCCCAGUCAUAACCGCCCAAUGAAACUGCAAGACAUCUCCCUCACCCUCCCCCACAAACCCUCAGCCACUCUGCGCAUCUCCGCCCUCUUCCCCGGGACAUCCUCCCCGGACUUCGCAGACUCCCCAGACAUCGCAGCUUUACCACCCUCAUCAACCCUCCUCGUCUUCCUCAACGGCCUCAUCCUCCCUCGCUCCUCCUGGUCCGAGGCCAUCUCCCGCUUCCUUCGCAUCCGCAACAAGCAGCGACGGUCUUCUACUUCGUCCAAUGCUUCGUCAUCUUCUCCCUCCAAUACUGGACCCAAAGCAGGAACCGGGACUGUGUCUAAAAACGGUAACGGCAACAACGCAUCUGCGGCGGUAGGAGAGACAUGUGAAAAUGGGAUACUACCCGAAAUCCCCAACAUCCUAGCCUACGACCGCUUCGGCCAAGGCGCCUCCUCCCCCGACCCAUCCGAUCCCGAUCCGGCCGUAGACGACACUCCCUACGGCCACACACCAGAGGACGUAGUCGACGACUUCCACCAGUUGCUGCUCCUAGUCUCUCGCCAAUUCCUGUCUCGGCGGGAUCUGAAAGAGCUGGACGUGGUGAUAGUAGCGAAUAGCAUAGGCUGCCCCCUCGCGCGGCUCUACAACGCUCGCUACUACCCUGAUGUGCGGGUAGUCGGGUACCUCUUCCUCGAUUCAAUGAUGGCCAAUUCAGACUUUGUCUCCGUGUUUCCCGAUCCGGAUGCGCCUGGGUUUGAUCCCGGAAAAGAUUUGAAGGAGGGGGUGGAUGAGGAAGGGCUGAGAUGGACGAGGAGGAUGUUUAGGGACAAGUUUCAUCCGAGGGUGGGGAAUCCUGAGAGGUUGGAUAGGAGGGGGUUGAGGGGGUUGUUGCCUUGGGCUGAUAGACCGAAGCUUAGGUUGCCUGGGGAGGGUGAAGGGAGUGAGGAUGAUGGGAGGGAUGGGGAUGAUGGGAAGAAGCAGGAUAAAGCGAAGAAGGAAAGUACCAGAACGACGACGAAACGAAUCACCAGACUGAGGGUGAUAGUCAUCGGUCACGAUUGGGACGUCUUUGCUGAGCAUAACGAAAAGGUCUGUUCCUUCUCCUUCCCAUUCCCCUUCCCCUCCCAUUGUCCAAACUACCUACCACCUUCUACCCGCCAAACAGUUCUUCUCACACCAUCACCCCCCUCCACAUUUACAGGGCCCAAUGUCCAUCCCCAAAGCUGUCAUCAACGGGUACAUGAACCCAGCCUGGCAGCGGUAUAACGAGGGGUUGACCCGUCUAGCGACGGUUGACAGUGACAGUGACAGUGACGAGAAUGUGGUUCCGGUCAAGAUUGCGAAGGGUUGUGGGCAUUUCAUCCAGAAGGACGAUCCGGAAUUGGUGGCGAGGGAGGGGAAUUCGUUGUUGAGGGGUCUUGGGUUAUAAAAGGUGGGUUUGGAUGGCGUUUGGGGUGAAGGAUUGGGCGGAAUGCUGACUGUUAGAGGUGAUGCUCGGGAUGCACGGGAAGUGCUAUGGAUAGAAAGCAGCGAUCCGCGAUCAUGAUUCAAGGCUCAAAGCUGGCCGAAAUGGACCCGUGGUAUACAAGACACCUCAUCUACUCCCUUCCUGCCU